CACUGGCUCUGUCCCAACCCCCGGCCUGGACCGCUUGGGCCUUGCCCCGCCGAGCAGUCCGCCGGGCACACAGGCGGCCUCCGAAGCAUCCCAAGCCCAUGAGGGCAGUGCACCCAGCUGCCAGCACAGACCAGACAGAGAUCUCGGCUCCCCAGGAGGAGCAGAGGAUCAAUGCAGUUCAAGAACUGAUUCCAGAGGUUCAUGAACCACCGGGCCCGAGCGAAUGGCCGCUACAAACUGACUUGUUUUGAACAUGCUGCUAACUGCUACACACACGCCUUUCUCAUCAUGCCGGCCAUCCUGGGCAGUGCCCUGCUCCAUCAGCUAUCUGACAACUGCUGGGAAAAGAUAACAGCCUGGAUUUACGAAUGCUUCUGUGCCCUCUUCAUCGUUUCCACAGUAUUUCACAUUGUAUCAUGGAAAAAGAGCCACUUAAGGACAGUUGAACAUUGUUUUCACAUGUGUGAUAGAAUGGUUAUCUACUUCAUUGCUGCUGCUUACUCUUCAUGGUUAAAUCUCCAUGAACUUGGACCCCUGGCAUCUCAUAUAGGUUGGUUUAUCCCGCUCAUGGCAGCUGGAGGAACCAUUUAUGUAUUUCUUUACCAUGAAAAGUAUAAGGUGGUUGAGCUCUUUUUCUAUCUCACAAUGGGGUUUUCUCCAGCCUUGGUGGUGACAUCAAUGAAUAAUACCGAUGGACUUCAUGAACUUGCCUGUGGGGGCUUGAUUUACUGCCUGGGAGUCGUUUUCUUCAAGACCAAUGGCAUCAUUCCAUUCAUCCAUGCCAUCUGGCACCUGUUUGUGGCUAUGGCAGCUGCAGUGCAUUACUACACCAUUUGGAAAUAUCUUUACUGAAGUCUGACAGACUUCCUGUGACAUUUAUGACCAAUCUGUAUUAGGUCUCCAAACCAGUA